UCCUUCAAACUCCUGGGAUUUCUGGAUGUUUCAAAUGUCCCAUGUGCACGAGAGUCAUUGCUCUAUGGCUCCCUGGGGUCCUUUGUUGUGGGUCUUGGACAUUUUCUAGCAACAAGUAGAGUUAGAAGGUCUUGUGACUUUGCAGUCGGUGGCUUUAUUUGCACCAUGUUGGGAUGCUGGUUUUACUGCAGGUACAAUCGGGCCCAACAAAGGAUCCGGCAAAGAAUGCUUAAAGAAGGAAUGAGGAACAGAAUCUUAUUUGAAGGCAGUUCUCUUGAUCCAGAAAUAAAACAAACUGACAGUGAAAGAAGCAAUUCAUAG